GUUCGGCUCAACAGACGCUGGUCUGCCGGCGCCGGGCUGCGUCGCUGCGGGUGUCUCCGCGGCCGGGAUUGGGACGAGGAGGCAGCGGCAGGGACAGCAGACGGUGGCCGUGUUGCAGCGCGGCCGCGGCGGCUGCGCCAGGGUCCCCAGGAGGCGGCACGGGGCGUGAAUGCUCUGGGGGCGCAGCCAGGCCUGCGUGGGCCCGAGGCGGGAGGAACCCGGGCUCCGGCGUCGCGUUUCAGUUACCCUCAAGUCAACCGUGGCCUGGAAACAAAUGUUCUUCUUUUUCUGACCUUUCCUCAGAAGGUCAGCAGGAGCCUAAGGCUGGUCCACAACGUUCACCUCCUUCACCUCCUUCACCUCCUUCACCUCUCUUCAUCUCAUUCCCUAGGCAUUUUAUCAUCUAUCACAAGGGUAUCGAAACAAAGACGCAGAUCUUGAAGGCACUAGCACCUACCAUUGUCAACUGAUUCUGGAAAUCCGUUAAUUCCACUUUUUGAGCACUUAUGAAUAACCACGUAUCUUCAAAAACAUCUACCAUGAAGCUAAAACAGACCAUCAAUCCCAUUCUUUUGUAUUUCAUACAUGUUCUAAUAUCACUUUAUACUGUUUUAACGUACAUUCCAUAUUAUUUUUUGUUUGAGACAAGACAAGAAAAAGCAAACAAAAUUAAAGCAAAGCCUGUAGAUUCAAAACCUGAGUCUGCAUACAGAUCUAUUAACAGUUUGGAUGGUUUGGCUUCAGUAUUAUACCCUGGAUGUGAUACACUAGAUAAAGUUUUUAUGUAUGCAAAAAACAAAUUUAAGGACAAAAGACUGUUGGGAACACGUGAAAUUUUAAAUGAGGAAGAUGAAGUACAGCCAAAUGGAAAAAUUUUUAAAAAGGUUAUUCUUGGAAACUAUAAUUGGCUCUCCUAUGAAGAUGUCUUCGUUAGAGCUUUUAAUUUUGGGAAUGGUUUGCAGAUGUUGGGUCAGAAACCAAAGACCAAUAUCGCCAUCUUCUGUGAAACCAGAGCUGAAUGGAUGAUUGCUGCGCAGGCGUGCUUUAUGUAUAAUUUUCAGCUUGUUACCUUGUAUGCUACUCUAGGAGGUCCAGCUAUUGUUCAUGGAUUGAAUGAAACAGAGGUGACCAACAUCAUUACUAGUAAAGAGCUCUUGCAAACAAAGUUGAAGGAUAUAGUUUCGUUAGUCCCGCGCCUGCGGCACAUCAUCACUGUGGACGGUAAGCCACCAGCGUGGUCCGAGUUCCCCAAGGGCGUCAUCGUGCACACGAUGGCUGCAGUGCAGGCUCUGGGAGCCAAGGCCAGCAGAGAAAACAAACCUCUUAGCAAACCAGGGCCCUUAGAUAUUGCAGUAAUCAUGUAUACAAGUGGAUCCACAGGACUUCCGAAGGGAGUCAUGAUCUCCCACAGUAACAUUAUUGCUGGUAUAACUGGGAUGGCGGAACGGAUUCCAGGACUGGGAGAGGAAGAUGUUUACAUUGGCUAUCUGCCUCUGGCCCAUGUUUUAGAAUUAAGUGCUGAGCUUGUUUGUCUUUCUCACGGGUGCCGCAUUGGCUAUUCUUCACCACAGACUUUAGCAGAUCAAUCUUCAAAAAUAAAAAAAGGAAGCAAAGGGGAUACAACCAUGUUGAAACCAACACUGAUGGCAGCUGUUCCGGAAAUCAUGGAUCGAAUCUACAAAAAUGUUAUGAAUAAAGUGAACGAGAUGAGUAGUUUCCAACGCAAUCUGUUUAUUCUGGCCUAUAAUUAUAAAAUGGAGCAGAUUUCCAAAGGCCGUGGCACUCCACUGUGUGACAGGUUUAUUUUCCGAAAAGUUCGAGGCUUGCUAGGUGGAAAUAUUCGGCUUCUGUUGUGUGGAGGUGCUCCACUUUCUGCAACCACACAGCGAUUCAUGAACAUCUGUUUCUGCUGUCCCGUUGGUCAGGGAUAUGGACUGACUGAAUCUUGUGGUGCAGGAACAAUUACAGAAGUCUGGGACUACAAUACUGGCAGAGUGGGAGCACCAUUAGUUUGCUGUGAAAUCAAAUUAAAGAACUGGGAGGAAGGUGGAUACUUUAAUACUGAUAAACCACACCCCAGGGGUGAAAUUCUUAUUGGUGGCCAAAACGUGACAAUAGGAUACUACAAAAAUGAAGCAAAAACGAAAGCUGAUUUCUUUGAAGAUGAAAGUGGACAGAGGUGGCUCUGUACUGGAGAUAUUGGGGAGUUUGACCCCGAUGGUUGUUUAAAGAUUAUCGAUCGUAAGAAGGACCUUGUGAAACUGCAGGCCGGAGAAUAUGUUUCCCUUGGGAAAGUAGAGGCAGCUCUGAAGAACCUCUCCCUUAUAGAUAACAUUUGUGCAUAUGCAAACAGUUAUCAUUCUUAUGUCAUUGGGUUUAUUGUGCCAAAUCAAAAGGAACUAACAGAACUCGCUCGAAAGAAAGGACUUCAUGGGACUUGGGAGGAGCUGUGUAACAGCUGUGAAAUGGAAAAUGAGGUCCUCAAAGUGCUCUCUGAAGCUGCUAUUUCAGCAAGUCUAGAAAAAUUCGAAGUUCCAGUAAAAAUUCGUUUGAGCCCAGAACCGUGGACCCCCGAAACUGGUCUUGUGACAGAUGCCUUCAAGCUGAAACGUAAAGAGCUUAAAACACAUUACCAGGCGGACAUUGAGCGAAUGUAUGGAAGAAAAUAGUUCUCCUUCAGCAUCAUUUGCUACAGGGAGCUCAGAUCAAAUAGGAAAAUACUUGAAGUGCAUGUCUCCAACUGUGAGGCAAACCCCAUUCCGCAUAGUAAACCUAAACUGUUGUUUCUCAUGACGUCGCCGUUUUUACUGACAGGAUUAGUAAAACAUUAAGACAGCAAACUGGUGUCUGUCUCUUCUUUCUCUUCCCCCUUUCCAACUUACCUUACCACCUAGGACUGCACUUGUCAGCAUGAGGACUUCCUGAGUCAUUUUGGGGAACAGUGAUUUUAAAACCUCAAGUUUUUAAACAUGAUUUAUAUGUUCUGUAUAAUGUUCAGUUUGUAACUUUUUAAAGUUUGGAUGUAUAGAGGGAUAAAUAGGAAAUAUAGGAAUUGGUUGUUUGGGGGGCUUUUUUACUUACAGUAUUUAAAAAUGCAAGGGUAUGGAUGUGAAAUUGUAUAAAUUCAAACGCUUAUGAAUCAAAUCAUUGUUGAACAAAAGAUUGGUUGCUGUGUAAUUAUUGUCUUGUAUGCAUUUGAGAGAAAUAAAUAUACCCAUACUUAUGUUUUAAGAAAUUGA